AUGCCUGAUGCGCAGUCAUCUAUUACCGUCGCGGUUCGCGUUCGGCCGUUUACCAUUCGAGAGGCAGCACAAGUUCACCGAGCCGAAGACAACACACUGUUCCUUGGCGAUGGCUCUCUUGCAGGGGCUCCCGCGCCAAAGCUACAUCAGCGCGGUAUUCGAAACGUAAUCAAGGUUAUGGAUGAACGUUGCCUCGUCUUUGAUCCUCCUGAGGAUAGUCCGGUACACAAAUUCUCUCGAUCAGUCGUUCCCGCCUCCAAAAAGGUCAAGGAUCAAAUUUUCGCAUUCGAUCGUGUCUUUGACGAAAAUACCACCCAAUCAGACGUUUAUGAGGGCACAACCAAGAGCCUUCUCGACAGCGUCCUCGAUGGCUACAAUGCAACCGUCUUCGCUUACGGCGCCACGGGCUGCGGAAAGACACAUACAAUUACGGGAACACCACAGUCGCCAGGCAUCAUCUUCUUGACAAUGCAAGAACUCUUCGAAAAGAUUGAGGAGCGCAGUCAGGACAAAGCAACCGAAGUCAGCCUCAGCUACCUGGAAAUUUACAACGAAACUAUUCGUGACUUGCUAGUUCCAGGAGGCAGCAAAGCCGGGCUGACUUUGCGCGAAGACAGUAACCAGGCUGUCACUGUUGCUGGCCUGACGAGUCAUCACCCCAAGGAUGUGCAGGAAGUCAUGGAUAUUAUCGUCCAAGGAAACGAAUAUCGUACCGUGUCUCCAACACAGGCCAAUGCGACCUCUUCUCGAUCUCACGCCGUUUUGCAAGUCAACAUUGCGCAAAAGGACCGCAACGCGGAUCUUAACGAACCUCACACGAUGGCGACGCUCAGCAUUAUUGAUCUCGCUGGCUCAGAGAGAGCAUCAGUCACGAAGAAUCGCGGUGAACGCCUCACAGAAGGAGCCAAUAUCAACAAAUCGCUGCUUGCUUUGGGCAGCUGCAUCAAUGCUCUUUGCGACCGUCGCCAGCGUGCCCACGUUCCGUAUCGCAACAGCAAGCUCACGCGACUCCUGAAAUUCUCUCUAGGUGGUAACUGCAAAACCGUCAUGAUUGUUUGCGUAUCGCCCUCUAGCGCCCAUUUCGACGAGACGCAAAACACCCUUCGUUAUGCGAACCGAGCCAAGAACAUCCAGACCAAGGUUACUCGAAACGUCUUCAACGUUAAUCGCCACGUCAAGGAUUUCCUGGUCAAGAUCGACGAACAGAUGGCGCUCAUCACCGAGCUCAAGGCCCAACAAAAAGAUGCCGAAAAGAUUUUCUUUGCAAAAUUCCGCAAACAGUACGACAAGAGAGAUUCUGUGGCGAGGGAAGGGGUGCAGCGUCUUCGCACAGCCUACGAUAACGCCGCUGCUGACAGACAUGAGCGCAUCCAAAAUAUGAAGAGGCUGAAGGGUUUUGAAAGAAGAAUUUCGUUGUUGACUGGCUGGGUCACAGCAUUUGAUGCAGUAUGUGAGCAGAGAGGCGAGAUUAGCGCCAUGCCCGACAAUCUAUGCGCUGUUCGCAAAACGGCCCAGGGCAUCCUGAUUGAGUUGGAGCAUAGCCGUCAGCACAUCCAUCAGAAGCUCGAACACUCAACGUGGGAGCGUCACAUUGACACUGCACUGGCUCAUAGUAUUCAGCAGCUGCAGAACACCGAAGGCUCCGACACUGGAGAGGUUAAUGACCUCAAUCGCGAAGCAGAGCUGAUCAAAGCAAACUUUAGCCGUGAAGCUUAUCGGGAGGUCUUGGAGCAGGAGAAGGUUGGCGACGCGGCAAUGCUGCAGAUGCUACUAACGGCCCAAUUCGAAAUUCUGACUUCGCUCUCUGAUAUCUUGGCUAUGGACGAGCAGAGUGCGGUGGCACAUGCAAAGGGGGUCUUUGCAAAACUACUCCAAACUGGAUUCACAUCAGCAUCUCAAGUUGUCAAACCGGAUGGUUCUAUUGCAAUGAGAGAUCCUAGUUCGUUUUUGCAAAAGAAUUCGGUGAAGAAGAGCUCUCUUUUCGGACAAGCGAAGCUGAGCGAGGCUCCAGUCAUGGCCACAUCGGCUUUACCGAAUGCCCCCAUCACCAGCCCCCUAAAGUCUUCACCGAGACGGCGUAAGGUGCUUUCUUCGGCUAAGAAGGCAGUCACUUUUACGCCGGUGAAGAAGAGCAAGAAGAGUGGUGUGAGAUGGCGAGAUGACGAGACAGAGGAGGGAACCCUAGCGGACUUUGAAAAGACACCUAAGAAUCUCAAGAAUAGGUCGCCCGAGGGUCUAUUGGAAGCUCCCAUCAUCAUUGAGCGGCCCACCGAAAAUAAUACAAGCAUGGGCUGCGAUCAGUCUACUGAGGAUGAGUCAACAUUAAUCAUUCCGGAGGCGACCAGUCUCACAGCCGCGAAACCUAGUCGGUUCCAGGCGGGGUUUCUCAGCAAGUCGUCUCGAUCCUCUAUGCUUCCAGCAGGAUCGCCACUGCCCCAACCACCUGCCCUCAGUCUAAAUCUGUCGUCAAGCUCCCCAGAACUGGAAAACACUUCCCCUCUAAGAUCCCUCGAUGCCGCCAAGCGCGGCAACAUGUCGCCGCCGCCAUUGGCGCAGGGAGCCAAAAACAGCCCACAGCACUCUUUGCAGACAAUCGUGGAUGAAAAUUGGCCACCUUCUGCUGCUUCCGGAUCCGACUCGGAAUCUAGUUUGCUUGACGCGCGUAAGCUUCGCAGCGCGAUGCACUCGGCCAAGAAGGAACUGCCUCGUAGACGCCGCCGGAGGAAUGCUGCUGCGUCUACUCCCGCGCUGAUGCACGGCGCCCAGGGCACGACGACACCGCCCGGCACCACCGGGACAGGCACGGCAUCACCAACUCCAGAUUUACACCAACGGCCGCUCCCGAUUGUGGCGGACCGGCAAUUGCGGCAUGAAGUUGACGACCAAGUGGCAGUCCGAAGAAGGAUCGGACCCGGGUUGCGAAGCCGAGGCCAGCCGCGGGCAUCGAGACGCCAAAGUACAGCGACGGAAUCUGCCAAGAGAGCUACGACUAAGAGUGAUGAGAGGCAGACGAACGGGGCGGCACAGCACCAGCCCACUACCGAAGCUGCGGAGGACGACACGGAGGUGCCGCGGGAAGCAAGACUCUUGCGGGACGCGCAUGGCAAGCUCAUCUUCAUCGGCGACUGCGCGCCACUGUCCUUCUUUCAAUCCGUCCGGCAGGUGGUGACGAGCCGUGUGAGCCCGCACGCGUUCGCGCCGCAAACAAGCCGGUAUUCGGUGCUCGAGAAUGCCCCUGCGCACCUGCCCCGACGCGGCGGCGGCGGCGGCAGCAGCACCACCUCCGGACAGGCCCCCAGCGGCUCGCCACCACCGGUGCACCCCGGGGACUUGCCAGCUGCCGUGUCCGCGUACCUCUCCACGACGACGGGCAUGAUUGACCUCUUCGACAACUCCACGCUCCUCGACGACCUGCUGCUAUGGGCCGACCGGCGACCCGACGAUGACGGCGGCGCAUCGUCCACUGUCAAGUACCUGGUGCUCGCCAUCGGCCUGCUGACUGCCGACGAGGCGCUCGCGCGCGAUUACUUUGAGCACGCACGUGCGCGCGCCUGCGCCGACAUGAGCGGCGAUGACCUGAGCGCCGAGACGGUGCAGGCCUUUGUGCUCCUGACUGUCUACAUGCUGUGCGCGUGCCGCAUCAACGGCGCAUUCCUGUUCUUUGGCGUCGCCGCGCGCGCGGCCUACGCGGUUGGCGUGCACCGCACCGAGGUCAACGCGCGCUUCGGCGAGGCGGGCCGCAGGCGCCGCGACGACCUCUGGAGGAGCCUCCGCGCGCUCGAUCUCUUCUUGAGCACAUCCAUGGGACGCCCGCCGGCAACGUCGGACGUAGACUGCACCGUCUCGUACCGCGCGGCGCUCGACGAGGACGGUGGCGGCGGGGAGGUGCUGGACCUGCUGGAGGCGUCGGUGCAGAUACUCCUGAUCACGGAGACGGUCGUGGUCGAGGUGUACUCGCGGCGCAAGAUUUCGCUCCAGCUCACCGAGGGCAUCUCGCGGCAGCUGCGCGGCUGGUCGGGCCGCUGGCUGCAGCAGCUCAAGGACGUCGUCGGAGGCAGCGCCGCCCCCGCCGCCCAGCAGCGACCCGACGACGAGGCACGCUUGAUCGGCGCCUGUCAGGUGCUCGCCACCUACUACUACUCCGUCAUGCUCGUCGCGCGGCCGUUUCUCAUGUACGAGCUGUGCCGGAGGCUCUCCGAAGACCCCUCCUCCUCCUCCUCCUCCGCGUCCUCGCCCAACGCCGCUGCCACCGGUGCGUCCGCCAAGACCAGGCUGGCCGACGCCUGCAUCGACGCCGCCAGCCUCAUGGUCGAGCCCGUGCUGGACCUCGUCGAGCGGGAUGCGCUGCGGCACCGUGCGCCGAUGCUCGUCUCGUGGCUGUUCGCGGCGGCGCUGGUGCUCGGCGUCGGCUUGCUGGGCGGCUUCGGGCGCGCGCUGGAGCGGCACGCGCGCGCGGCGAUCCGCGCGCUCGACCACCUCGCGGCCGCCGACGACGGCCACGCCGCGCAGUACAGCCUCAUCGCGCAGUCGCUGUUGACGACGGCGCUGGAGGACCUGGAGCGGCGGGAGCGGCGGGAGCGCGCGCGCCGCACGGAGAGCUCCAGCCAGCUGUUCGGCCUGGUGCCGCACGAUGCCCGGUUGUCGCUCGCCGGCGGUGGUGGCUCUGGGGGCAACGUAACCUCGCCCCGGGAUGCGGGUGGGAAUUCCGUGGCCGCUGUGCAGAGGACGCCGGCGUCGGCGACGGGACGGGGACGGCCGCCGAGCACGGCGGAGAGUGGCGGCGGCGGUACGUUGCGAGGCCACCACCAUCACUACCAACACCACCAUCCGGCCGCCUCCUCGCCGAUGUCGUGGCCGGCGCACCGUAACAGUGGGCUGCGCCCGGACCGCGACGUCUACUACGGGGGAGCUGCGGGGGCGUCUGCCGGCGGUGCCGUGUCCCCCCACAUCGGGGACCUCGACUCGGCGUUCCUGGGCCUCUCCGAGUCAAUGCUGCACACCCCGGACACCGACUACUGGAACAGUUCCUUUGGCGUCUACGAUGGGGACGGCGGCGGCGGUUCGGCCGUCAACCUGUUCCCGCUGCUGGACGCCGGUGGCGGCAUUGACCUCGCGCAUUACUUCUGA